AUGUUCCGAUCAACACGCGGACUACGGGCAGCGGCGGCGGGCUCAUGGUCGCAGACACUGCACCUGCCAAAAUCGACCUUCCCCGCCAGACCAUCGAGCGAAGAGCUUCUGAAAUACCGCAAACAAUGCGCCGACGACUAUUAUGCCUGGCAAAAGGAGAAUGCUCCGACGGAAAAUGAAGAGGGCGAGCGCAACACCUUCACCCUGCACGACGGGCCUCCAUACGCCAAUGGCCCUGUACACGUUGGACACGCGCUGAACAAGAUCAACAAGGACAUAAUUCUACGGACAUACGCAAAGAGAGGCUUCAGGGUGCAAUACAGACCAGGAUGGGACUGUCACGGCUUGCCUAUCGAACUUAAGGCUCUGCAGGCUCAUCAACAGUCGACGCUAUCGAAGGAGUCCACGAGCACGGUCGACGAGGCCAAGCAGGAAGCCAGCGUAGCCCACGGUGCCGGUCUGAGUCCAUUGGCCAUUCGAGAGGCAGCAAAGAAGUUGGCAACAAAGACGAUAGCUGAACAGAUGAGCGCCUUCCGCUCGUGGGGCGUCAUGGGUGAAUGGGAAAAGCCGUACAAGACAAUGGACGCCGACUUUGAGAUCAAGCAGCUGCAAGUCUUCAAGGACAUGGUCGCAAAAGGUCUGAUCUACCGUCAGAACAAACCCGUCCACUGGUCGCCAUCUUCCGGUACUGCCCUCGCCGAGGCCGAACUCGAAUACGACGAAGACCACCGCGUUGUCGCUGCCUUUGUCAAGUUCCCUCUGCUCAAGUUGCCACCUGUUCUCGCCGACAAUGCCGCUGUCCAAGCAGACUUUGUCAGCGCCUUGAUAUGGACAACAACGCCCUGGACCCUACCUGCAAACAAGGCUAUCGCUGUACGGUCAGACAUGUACUAUGUACUGCUCGAAGUCGCUGGCGAAAACGUUCCCAAAGACAUGCAAGGCCAGAUGGUUGUUGCCAAAGAGCGUGUUGAGUCGCUGCAGACCCACCUGCCAGAGGGUGCCACCAUCAGCAUCCUCGUCGACAACAUCUCGGGCGCGAACCUGGAAAACACAGAGUACAUCAACGUCAUCUCGGCCGAACACAACAAGAUCAUCCAUGCAGACUUCGUCACUGACACGUCGGGUACUGGUCUGGUUCAUAUCGCUCCUGGUCAUGGCAUGGAUGACUAUAAUGUCUGCAUGAAGCUAGGCAUCGGUCCGGCUUUCGCUCCUGUCGACGAUCAUGGCAAAUACACAAACAAGGCUUUCCCUUCGGAUCCCGAUUACCUUCAGGGUCUUCCCGUCGAAAAAGACGGUGCAAAGGCCGUUGUUGCUCUCCUCAGAGAUCCUCACGCCAAACUCUCCAUCCCUUCGCUAAAAUCAGACUCAUCGCUCGUCUUCAAGACUCACAACCUUAGGCAUAAGAAUCCUGUCGAUUGGAGAACGAAGCAGCCCGUCAUCACCAGAGCUACUGAUCAAUGGUUUGCCAACGUUGGAAGUGUUCAGGAAUCCGCACUUAAAGCCGUGCAGGACAUCAUGUUUAUUCCUGAUACCGGCAAGCCACGACUACAAAGUUUCUUGAAGGGUCGCAGCCAAUGGUGCAUCUCUCGUCAACGCAGUUGGGGUGUACCUAUUCCCGCUCUGUUCCACAAACAAACCGGCGAGCCCGUUUUGACCGUAGAGAGCAUCGAGCACAUCAUCAGAGUCAUUCAAAAACGUGGUACCGACGCUUGGUGGGCUGAUGCCUCUGACGACCCUGCUUGGAUCGCGCCUGGUCUUGAUCGGCAAUCAUAUGUUCGUGGCAAAGACACCAUGGAUGUCUGGUUUGACAGUGGCACCUCAUGGGCUCAGCUCGAGAAGCGUGAAGAUGGCUCUGUUGCAGACAUGAUCUUCGAAGGUUCUGACCAACAUCGUGGUUGGUUCCAGUCUCUUCUCUUGACUUACCUUUCUGGUCAGACCGAUACUGCCAAUCCUCCUGUUGGCGCUAUCGUCACUCAUGGCUUUACUCUUGACCACACUGGCCGCAAGAUGAGCAAGUCCCUGGGCAAUGUCAUCUCACCCGAAGAAAUCAUUAGUGGUACAAUUGUACCACCAGCGAAGACGAAGAAGGGAACUAAGACUGCCCCUCGUCCUAACCAGGCCAAGAAGGACGCCAUGGGUCCUGACGCCUUGCGCUUGUGGGUUGCAAGCAGUGACUAUACCAAAGAUGUUGUCAUUGGCCAACCCGUCCUACAAGCUGUCCAUUCAUCGCUUCACAAGUACCGCACGACAUUCAAAUGGCUUCUCGGUAUCAUGCAUGAUUAUCCUGCUCCCAUUCCCGUUGAAGAUUUACUGCAGGAUCUGUACUUUGCCGAUCAAGUCGCCUUACAUCAGCUCUCCAAGACUUCAGCGCAAGUCUGGGAACAUUAUGGUGCCUAUGAGUUCCACAAAGGUGUGCAAGCCAUCAACAAAUUUAUCAAUGCCGAUCUCUCGGGCUUCUACUUCGAAGUCAUCAAGGACAGAUUGUAUGCCGAUGACGAAAAUGUUCGCAGACACACACAAACGGUGCUCUUCAUCAUUAUGGAAGAGCUUUGCCACAUGUUGGGUCCCAUCACCCCUCAUUUGAUUGAAGAGGUAUGGCAGCAUAUUCCCGAACAGUGGCACGACUACGAUCCCACUCCUAUAAGCCGAAGACCGUGGGAGUUCCCCUUCACGGCCCAGUUUGACGCCUUCGCCGCAGAGGGAGCAAUGGAGAAGGUCAUCAAGGUCUUCACAAAUGUUUCUACAGCUGUCAAGUCGGCUCAGGAGAAUGCACGCCGAGCAGGCAGACUCGGUAGCUCUUUGGCUUGCCGUGUUGAGUUGCAGAUGCCCCGCGAGACGGGCAAUAUUCCUCUAGCCCUCCUUCUCGACCUCCGAAAGACUGAUGAGCUGACCGAGCUCUUCGUCGUCUCCGAUGCUGACGUCGUUCCCGGCGACCCCGAAUACCGCCGUCAAUUAGCCGAACAAGAACCUGAUGAAGAACUGCGAGCCUUCCUUCUCAAAGCCGACGAGCCAGCAUGGAAGUUCGAGUGCGAGUUCGAAUGUGGAGACCCGAAGUUCCCUGCCACAGGAAAAGCUGUUGUGUUGCCGCCACAUGGACAGAAGUGUAUCAGAUGUUGGCAAUUCACUUCCGCAGAGGCCGACUCGCUUUGUGGAAGAUGUACUGAGGUUGUUGGUGAGGAGGCUGGUAUCGACGACCAGAUGAUUGAAGAAGAGUAUGAUGAGUUGGCCAACUACCGCUAA